AUGAGUUCCGCUGAAGGACGUCCGGAGCCUCUCCGCCUCGGCUCUAUCGCCCCUAACUUCAAGGCCGACACCACCAAAGGCCCUAUCGAUUUCCACGAGUUCAUCGGUGACAACUGGGUCAUCCUUUUCAGCCAUCCUGAAGAUUUCACUCCUGUGUGCACCACUGAACUUGGAGCUUUCGCCAAGUUGGAGCCUGAAUUCGCGAAGCGAGGCGUCAAGUUGAUUGGCCUUUCCGCCAACACCGUCGACAGCCACGGCGACUGGAUCAAGGAUAUCGACGAGAUCAGCGGCAGCCACCUGAACUUCCCCAUUAUCGGAGACAAAGACCGCAAGAUCGCACUUGCGUACGACAUGAUUGACCACCAGGACGCCACCAACGUCGAUUCGAAGGGCAUUGCCUUCACUAUCCGAUCGGUCUUCAUCAUCGAUCCCAAGAAGACCAUCCGCACCAUCCUUUCCUACCCAGCCUCGACUGGCCGUAACACCGCCGAGAUCCUCCGGAUCGUCGACUCGCUCCAGACUGGCGACAAGCACAAGGUCACUACGCCAAUCAACUGGGUUCCUGGAGACGAUGUCAUUGUGCACCCCAGCGUUAAGACUGAGCAAGCCAAGGAGAUUUGGCCAGAGCUGAAGAUUGUCAAGCCAUACCUGCGGUUGACACCUCUGCCAAAGGAGCAGACCAGUGCGGCUGUCUAA